UUGAGCCGUAGCCCCUCCUACCGUCAAAAAUUAGAGCCGUAUGUUAUUGCACAUUUUCAGAAGCAAAGUGUUUUUGGAGAUUACGACAAUUAUGAUGAAUUAGACGACGUGAUAAGAAAAGGACCUAGAAAACAACAGGAACCAUCCAAUUACAAAAAACUGAUGCAAAUUCCAGGGAAUCUUGUCCGUGAAGCGGCAAAACUAGUUAUGAUGAUCGAAGGGAAAAACAUUACAAACUUCGACAGGAAAAUGUUGGAAAUUCUGUCGCCACGCUUCUUUUCUGUCGUUCCUGAUGAAGAUGACGAAGAAAAGGUAAGAAGUUCACGUCCAACUGGAUAA